AUGACCACCUCUCGGAUACGACGUCGACAAUGGCUCGUACCGUCGUUGCUAAGUGUCUGUGUUGCUACUGUUACGACAAGAACCGACGCUUUGAUCAAUGGUGGCUUGGACAAUGACAGCAUCCGAUAUGCGGUGGCCAUGUGGCUCGACCACGAGGACGUGGCACGCGAUCAGUUUGGUUCAAUAGCAGACUGGUCAACCUGGCAAGUCACGGACAUGGCUCAUCUCUUUCAGGGGGCUGCGAGCUUUGAUGACGAUAUUUCACAGUGGGACGUCAGUUCAGUGACCGAUAUGAAUCACAUCUUUGCUGGAUGUCAGCAGUUCAAUGGCAAUCUGAGCCAAUGGAACGUUCAGUAUGUGACAGAUUUCAGCUACGCCUUUGCCGGCGCCUCCAAUUUCACGGCCGGGGAUUCGUCGUCCCUGGGCCACUGGGAUACCAGUAGUGCAAUUACAAUGGAACACAUGUUCGUGGGCGCCAGCAGCUUCAUUGGGGAUGGCAUUGCAUCUUGGAACGUGAGGUCAGUCACUUCCCUCCAGGGAAUGCUGUCUCAUGCCGCUUCAUUCAACCAGGACGUGAACUCUUGGGACAUGAGCAAUGUCGUGCAAACCAACGAACUGUUCCUUGGGGCAUCCGCUCUCAAUCAACAGAUUUGCUGGAAGCAAAUGCAUUUUAGCUCACGGUUCUAUCAGUGUUUCUGCGGGACCGAUGGAGCAUCCUUUGGGAGUUCCUGCGAUUCGCUGAUCCAUCCAUCGAUUCGAGCCUAUAGUGAAGCCUGCAACCCGGAAGGGGAUAUCGUCGAAGACGUUGUCUUUGCGAGACCAGCAGAUUAUAUGACAGGGUUCGAUCCACCAGAAGGAUGGUUUGACGAAAACUAUGGAGUGAGUGGCUUUGAAAUCAACGUCGAAGAAGACGAGGAACCAGACGACCAAGGAGGCAUUAUCAUUUUGGCGGCAGUGAGGCGGGAAGCCUCGGGAGCACGUCCCCAGUGCUCUGUUGCGCCAAUAGCACACCUGGUUUUCUGGGCACUGAACACGAUGCCAAUGAUCAUUGCAGCAAGCAGACGUUGUCUGUAG